CUAGCAGGCUGGGCUUCCCUGCUGUAUGGAAGCUGCAGGCUGGUACUCUGCAGCCACAGGGCCCUGAUGUGUGAUGCAAGUCAGGAUGGGGCAGCAGAUUCUGUGUCUCUGAGGAAUUGCAGCUUUCAUGGAAUAUGAAGAGAGAGUAGGACGAGCUUCGAAGUCUCCUUCUCCAAAGCAGAAUGUGAGGAAAAGCUUGGUGUUUGAGCCACUGUCCACCACAGCUCUAAUACUGGAAGACCGGCCAGCAAACCUUCCAGCCAAACCAGCAGAGGAAGCCCAAAAGCAUCGACAAGAGUAUGAGGAGAUGGUGGCCCAAGCCAAAAGACGAGAAUUUAAAGAGGCCCAGAGGAGGAAGAAACAACUGGAAGAGCGAUGCAAGCUGGAAGAGAGUAUUGGAAAU